AUGGAGCAACGAAGGCGUUGCCACGAUGUGUUCUGGUUAGGAUUAUUUGUGAUCCAAUUAAUUGGUAUGGGUUUUGUCCUUGUCAUUUUAGGCGUUAACAGAUUCAAGAAAAAGAACCGCCUUGACAUUGACAAGUACACAUACCGCUUCAUGGAAAAUCAAGCUGGUCUCACAGAGGAUUACUGGCCACUCUAUGCUGUUGCCGGCGGUGUUGGGACUGCUCUUGGAUGGAGUUGGUUGUUGUUGUUGGGUUCGCGUGCUAUCCAGAUGAUGAAGGUGUCUGUCCACAUUCUUACCACUUAUCUUGCUGUCGUCAGUGUUUUGUGUUUUUGGGCUCACCAGUUUUUCUGGGGUGUUGCUUUUGCUAUUGGAGCAGCUCUGCACUUUUUGUAUAUUAUUUCUGUCAUAGAUAGACUUCCAUUUACAAUGUUGGUAUUACAAAAGGCUGUGAAAAUGGUAUGGAAUCUUCCUGAGGUUUUGAGAGUAGCAUACGCGACUAUGGCUUUGGUGCUUUUAUGGAUGGCCUUAUGGUCAUUUGGAGCUGCUGGUGUUGUAGCUUCAAGCAUGGGUGACGGUGGACGCUGGUGGCUUCUUGGGGUCCUCUCCGUAAGCUUAUUUUGGACAGGUGCUGUGCUUUGUAAUACUUUACAUGUCAUAGUGUCUGGGACACUGGUUCGUGUUACUAUCCAUGGUAGUUGCGAGGCUGCACCAACUGCCACCAAUUCUAUCAUGAAAUCUUUACAGUAUGCUUUGACAACAUCUUUUGGCAGCAUUUGUUAUGGCUCGUUAUUCACAGCUGCUAUUAGGACACUGCGUUGGGAGAUAAGAGGAAUCCGGUCAAAGAUAGGAAGCAAUGAGUGUUUGCUUUGCUGUGUUGAUUUCCUUUUCCAUCUUGUGGAGACUCUUGUUCGAUUCUUCAACAAGUAUGCUUAUGUCCAGAUUGGUGUUUAUGGUAAAAGCUUUAACCAUUCUGCUAGAGAUGCGUGGGAGUUAUUUCAAUCAACUGGAGUUGAAGCACUUGUGGCUUAUGAUUGUUCCGGUGCUGUUCUGUUAAUGGGGACCAUAUUGGGUGGGCUGAUAACUGGAACGUGUUCUGGUGUUUGGGCAUGGAUCAAAUGGAGUGACAGAGCUUUUAUGAUUGGAUCUACAUCUAUGCUCAUGGGGAUGGUAUUGGUUGGAGUGGCAAUGGUUGUGGUGGAAAGUGCAGUGACAUCCAUAUAUAUCUGUUAUGCUGAAGACCCCUUAUUGAUUCAGAGAUGGGACAAUGACUUUUUCAACCAGAUUUCUGAGACACUGCACCAGCGACUUCAACAUAGGAGUUCACGUGCAAGGGAGGUUUUAACACACAGUCAUCUUGAUGCGCGUAUGCUAGAGAACACCCAAAUAUGA